AUGGAGGGACACAACAAACCAAAUCCAACCAACCGCUCGUGCUUCACCAAGCCCCCUUUCAACAAGAGACUAGCCAACCGCUCGUGCUUCACCAAGCCCCCUUUCAACAAGAGACUAGCCAACCGCUCGUGCUUCACCAAGCCCCCUUUCAACAAGAGACUAGCCAACCGCUCGUGCUUCACCAAGCCCCCUUUCAACAAGAGACUAGCCAACCGCUCGUGCUUCACCAAGCCCCCUUUCAACAAGAGACUAGCCAACCGCUCGUGCUUCACCAAGCCCCCUUUCAACAAGAGACUAGCCAACCGCUCGUGCUUCACCAAGCCCCCUUUCAACAAGAGACUAGCCAACCGCUCGUGCUUCACCAAGCCCCCUUUCAACAAGAGACUAGCCAACCGCUCGUGCUUCACCAAGCCCCCUUUCAACAAGAGACUAGCCAACCGCUCGUGCUUCACCAAGCCCCCUUUCAACAAGAGACUAGCCAACCGCUCGUGCUUCACCAAGCCCCCUUUCAACAAGAGACUAGCCAACCGCUCGUGCUUCACCAAGCCCCCUUUCAACAAGAGACUAGCCAACCGCUCGUGCUUCACCAAGCCCCCUUUCAACAAGAGACUAGCCAACCGCUCGUGCUUCACCAAGCCCCUUUCAACAAGAGACUAG